AUGCGAGGCAUGGCCGGCAGGGACUGGGUUUUGCCGGAGUCUGGAGGUGCUGCAGGAUACCAGGAUGGCCGGCUGGCAGGAUACUCCUGGCCAUGGCUUGUAAUUUCGCUUCCUGCGUCUCAUUUUUCAUAUUCCAACGCUUUGAGUGCCAUUUGGCAAACUGCAAACUGGAAACGGCAAAAGGCGACUGGCCAACAAGGUAAACAGACUGGAAUCGGAGGGUGUGGGACAUGUUCUUGUGCCAACAGACAAACCUCAAAGUGGGGUUUUAGAAUGGGAACUUCGACCAGGGUCAUUCUGGUAUAA